AUGUUCAAGGACACUGAGCGAUAUGUCAAGGAAUGCGUUGACUGCGUCACGGCCAAGGGCCUACCCCGGAACCCGGGACCGUCGCCUGGUAACGUGUUGGCUACGCGACCGUUUCAGGUCGUCUCCAUGGACUUCGUGAUAUCGCUACCCCGGUCCACCCGGGGAAAUACGGCAUUGCUCCUGUUUCAGUGCGCGUUCUCGGGGUUCAUCAUGUGCAAGGCCAUGGCGAGCACCGAAGCCCAAGACGUGUCCGAAGCCUAUGAAGAGUCCGUGUUCCGGAGGUUCGGGGCCAGUGAGAUGAUCCGUCACGACCGAGACCCGCGGUUCAUGGGUCGGGUGUUCAAGCACUUUCGGGAGAUGCUCGGGAGCAGGCAACGCGCCACUCUAGCCUAUCGUCCCCAGGCCAACGGACAACAGGAGAGCGACUGGGACAAGCUGGCCGAAAAGCUCAUGUGGGCUCUGAACACCUCCUUCGACUUCACUCGACUCGACACGCCGUUUUACCUGGUGCAUGGGUGGGACGCCCAAGCCCGGGACCUCCAAGAAAAGGCCAAGAAGCGCCGGGCCGAGGACCAUAACCGCAAGUGGAAGCAGCUUACAGACCGACUGAAAGAGGUCCGCCCCGGACUCACCAAGAAGCUCGCACACCUCUGGCACAGCCCGUUCCGGAUCCGGGAAAAGGGUAGCGAUUUCCGAUACCGCCUCCAGGUCGAGGGUACGGAAUACCAGUUUUACCCCUGGGUCCACGUUAGCAGGUUGAAGACCCGAGCCAAGUACCCUGAGCGGCCCUCGGGAACCAUGGACAUCCCCGAGGACGACGACUUCGACGCUGCGUUGCUCCGUGAAGAUAGUUGGGAACCUGAUGAGGGUUCCGGGGAAUACGAGGUCGAAGCGAUACUCGACGUGCACUGGGUCAUCCGGACUCGCACUAGCCGGCACGUCAAGGAAUACCUUGUGAAAUGGAAAGGUUACGAGGCUCCAGACUGGGUUCCCCAAGGACUCCUCAACUGCGGGAGACUGCUAUAUUCGUUUGACCAUGGAGGGCGAGCCCGCGUGCGUUUCCAGGCAAUGCAGUCUGGAGACGAGCUCCCGGACAAAAAGGUCCGGUAG